AUGCCGUCAUCCAUUUCCAAUAAAAACGAGGAAUACGCACAAGGCCGUAUUUCUCCCAUACAAGAAAGUACGAAUUUUAUUGGUAAAAACUUACUCACAAUAGAUAUUACCAAUGGCUCAGAAGAAGAAAUUGUGUCGGACGACUCUAGCUUCCUAAUAGACAACUCUGCAAAGAAACAUUCGGUCCUCGACGCAUUCAUUACUCGAAUUGGAAUGGGAAAAUUCCAAAAACAGUUAUUGGUUCUUUGUGGGUUUGGAUGGCUCGCUGAUAAUAUGUGGCUGCAGUGCAUUGCUGUCAUAUUACCAAGAGUACAAGUUCAUUUCGAUGUCUCUGAUCGCUAUAUUGGAACUUUAUCAAGCUCUGUGUUCAUUGGAAUGAUGUUUGGCGCUCUCUUCUGGGGUGUCCUCUCGGACACCAAUGGACGCAAGCAGGCUUUUAAUCUCACAUUGGCAGUAACAGCCUUAUUUGGCGUGUUUUCUAGCCUUGCGCAAAGUUUUGUGCAGCUUUGCGUUAUGCUGUUUUUGUUGGGUUUUGGGGUCGGCGGAAAUAUGCCUGUUGAUGGUGCUCUUUUCCUAGAAUUCAUUCCUAAAGAAAAUCAAUACCUACUUACCUUCCUAUCGGUAUUUUUCUCGUUUGGUGCGGUUCUCUCCUCGUCAAUCGCAUAUGUAAUACUGCCACCCUACAGUUGUCCUGAGAUAAGCGGUAAACCGGGCGAUUGUGAUAUUAACACACAGAAUAAUGGAUGGCGGUAUAUGCUGGCCAUCUUGGGAUCCUUGACCUUUCUCAUGCUUAUAUCACGUCUCUUUUUUUUCCGUCUGCAAGAAUCUCCUAAAUAUCUAUUGACCAACAAUCGGAAACAUGAUGCGGUACUUGUCUUGCGCAAAAUUGCCCGGAUCAACGGAAACCCUGUGCAAAUACGCGUCAGUGAUUUCCCAACCACGCCUGACCCAUCUAAUAACGCGACAUCCACCUCUUCGUCUCCACAGAAUAUAUCCCCAUUCCUAGUAGUAGCUUCUCCGGACGAGGAUAAUUUUGAAUUUUUCUCAAAUCCUGUUUUUUCCACGAAAUAUCAUGUUUCGGCAAAGCUUCGUUCUGUGCAACCGCUUUUCAACCCGAAAUGGAUUAAAACUACAUUGUUGGUGUGGGCUAUUUGGGGAUUAGUUGGAUAUGCGUAUACGACGUUUAAUGUUUUUCUGCCAAAGUAUUUGGAAAGCUUGGGUUUAGAAGAUGAGGAUAUGCCAAAUCAGCGUGAUAGUCUAAUGAAGGAAGUGCUUCGAGAUUAUUUGAUUUAUUCGAUAUGUGGCGUUCCUGGUUCUGUGGUUGGUGCAUAUUUAAUCGAAAGUUCACUGGGGCGUAAAGGCUCGAUGGCAAUUGCCACAUUUGGGACAUCAUUGGCCGUAUUCCUAUUUAUCACAGUAAGAUCAUCCACCAAUAUUAUACUGUCCUCAGCGACGGUAAGUUUUCUGGCAACACUCAACUAUGCCGUGAUCUAUGGGUACACACCUGAAGUAUUUGAAGUGAAGAUGCGAGGCACUGCGUGUGGUAUCAGUUCUGCUAUUGGAAGGAUUGCUGGAAUUAUUGCUCCUGUAGUAACCGGAGCACUACUCUCGGUCAACAUCAGCAUACCAUUAUUCUUGUCAGCCAUGCUUUUUGGCAUGGCUGGUGUUUGUAUGUGA